AUGUGUCAGUUGGCCGACAGCAGCCCACCGUCGAAUCUGCCGCGCAUGCGCAGAGCCCCGAUGUGUGUGGUUUCCAGUGCUGCCAAUCGAAAGCACCAAGAUUCAAUUUCGCACGGGUGGCUUUCGACGUGGCUGACCUGUCGGGGAUUCGACUCUCGGCCGAGAUGUCGGCGCAACUUCAAAAGGCGUGUGAUGGGCGAAUGUGUGAGGUGGCCGCCUGCGGGCCGGGCUGAAAUGAACAUGCGCACAAUGCGGAGGGGCGGAAAAAUGGGAGGAGUACCUGGAGGUGGAGGAUCGGGUCUGUCCAGCUAAUCAAGCAUCAACUUCAUCAUCAUCAUCGCGGAUGCAGCGUGAACAGUUAGUCAUAUAGGAAAUGCAUGGGUAAUCGGAGGGAAAAGGAGCGGCUUGCUUUGAUAAA